CGAAUAGGUAUAGCACGUGAGACACAUGAAAAGCUUUUCUGUUCUCUUUGGUUCCACAAUCUCAUUCUCUAUCCAACUGGCAUAGCCCUCACUUGCUUAGUCCGCUCAGCUGCUUCUGUUUUUAAGAAAUUUUUUUCUCGCAGUCAGGUGACUUGUGGUAAAUUGGAAAAAAAUUAAAUUUAUAACUGAAAUUGAACAGGAAAUGGGUACCGGCACGAAGAAUUAUCAGGCUCCUGAAUGGUUGACGGCUGAAUUUCUACAGGAUGUGCUUAAGGAGCACUUUAAAGAGGAGUCCCAGGUGACAGUAAGCGAUUUGCUGGUGAAGAGUGUCCAAGUAGGCGAUGUGGCCAAUGGAUUUGCCAGCGAAAUGCAUCGGGCCACCUUUAAUCUGCAGCGCGGAGAGACGGCAAGUAAGACCAAAUUUUCGGUAGUUGUAAAGGAUCAUCCUAAGGGACAGACUGGAGCAGUGGCCCAGCGAAGUAAACUAUUUAAGCGUGAGAUUUUGGCAUAUAAAGAGGUGUUGCCCCGUGUCCAGCAAUUGCUCGAAUCCAUUGGUGAUAAGACAAAGAUUGCCCCCGAUUGUUACUAUACCACGGAAGUGCCAGAACCCUUUCUCAUUUUGGAAGAUAUGCAUUUAAAGGAUUUCGUAAACUUUGAACAAGGACGACUACUCAAUCUGGACUAUGUAUUGCCGACCAUUGAAAAAAUAGCCAAGCUGCAUGCUUGUAGUGCGGUAAUUGCUCAGCAAAAUCCCGAAGUUUUGGAGUUCUUUAAUGAGGCACCCAUUUCGAGAAAUCCCGAUCGCCGAGACUUUUUGACUUUCUUUCCCGUGAAUAUCCGAUGUGUGGCAGAGGAGGUAGCUCAUUGGAAGGGCUAUGAGGAAAUGACUGAGAAAAUGUUUAAACUGGCUGAAAAUGUACUCCAGAGGGCGCUGGCCAUGUUUGAGCAGGGCGAGAAACAACCAUUCCGAGUCUUUAAUGUGACAGACCUUUGGAUUAAUAAUCUUAUGUUUCACAUUAACAAUGAGACCAAAGAACCCGAUGAUGUGAUAACGCUUGAUUAUCAAUUGGCCUAUGUGGGCUCUCCAGCAAUCGAUCUAAACUAUUUUCUCUUUGGUUCGCUCAAUGAGAAUGUACGUAAAAUGCAUUACAAAUUUAUAGUUAGGGAAUAUCAUCGAGUACUGCAGCAAACUCUGGAAAAGCUUAACUAUACCGAGCAUAUACCAAGCCUAAAAGAAAUCCAUAUUGAUGUGAUUAAUAAUAGUUUAAUGGGUGUAAUUGCUGCCACUUGUCUUACACCCUUGAUCUUCCGUGAGGGUGCAGGUUUCGAAAACCUUGAGGAUCUAAACUCUCGCACUGAGCUUGGGGAUCGUUUUCGCCGGGAAAACGUUGAGAAUCCCAAAUAUCGAGCAUUUUUGCAGCGCACCAUUAAAGAAUUCGAACUUUCCGGCUUUUUGGAUCCCUAGAUCCAUAUAAAAAAAAAUAUUCCUUGGGCUUCCAAAAUAGUCAAUAAGAAAUUUGUUAAAGUAUUGCAAAUAUAAAAUAUAUAUACUAUAAAUAAGA